AUGAGCAACAAAGAUACAGCCACCAUUGCUGACUCUCAGGCCGUGAAUUGUGCCGGAGAGUUCGUUCUGGCGGUAGGUGGGUCCGUCCUUGCUCCUCCUUGUGGUACAAUAUGUAUGAUGUGUCAUUGGGGAUUAGUUCAGCGUCUCUCAUCUUCAGAUAGCGUCCACUUUAUUCCUUCACCGAUUGUUGCAGCAUUGUAUUGCCUGUUCUUCGCCUACGUGGGUUCUGUUGGUCUGAGCUUCCUCCAGUUCUGCAAUCUCAACAGCUUCAGAACAAAGUUCAUACUAGGUUUCUCUGUUUUCAUGGGCUUGUCAGUGCCUCAAUAUUUCAACGAGUACACGGCAAUUAAGGGUUAUGGUCCAGUUCACACUAGUGCAAGAUGGUUCAAUGACAUGGUCAACGUGCCCUUCUCCUCUGAAGCAUUUGUAGCUGGUAUCCUGGCACUAUACCUAGACAUAACGUUGCAUCGGAAGGACAGGGCAAUCAGGAGAGACAGGGGAAGGCACUGGUGGGAUAGGUUCCGGUCUUUCAAGACGGACACAAGGAGUGAGGAAUUCUAUUCCUUACCUUUUAACCUCAACAAGUUCUUCCCGUCCGUUUGAACGAUGGAAUCAAGAAGACAUGGUUCAAAAGCUGUGCGAUACUAGUCUUGUUUCUCUCAGUAUCUUCAAGUGAAGCAGCCUGCAAUGCAUUUGUUUUUUUUUUUUUUCCUUUAAAUUUAUUCCUCAAUCAAAUAGACAGUAGUGAUAUAAAUGUAUCCAGGAAGCAACAAAUUUUCUUUUUUCUA